GAACUGCUCAGGCCCACCAGGAAGGCCAUGGAGGCCUCGGGGAAGGGUUGCUGCGGAGGCCAGUGAGGAGGGAGGGAGGAAGGAGGCAAUGCGGCGCCUCUCCUUGCCGCUGCUGUGCCUCUCCUCCGCCCUCAUCGUAUGGAGGCCUGGGCCUACCGCUGGAGAGUCUUCUGUGUUCUUACCUGCACCACAGAACAUAACAAUUGAAUCACGUAAUUUUGUGAAUGUGUUGAGAUGGUCUCCAGUUAAGGGAGUCAAUGGAACAGUAUCCUACCACGUAGAACAGCGCGUAGUGUCAAGCGAACAUUGGGAAGAAGUGAACUGCACAAAUAUUUCAAAGCCUGAAUGUAAUUUUGAUCAUGGCAUGGAGGUUUCCCGCAACCUUUUACGUGUUAGGGCCGAACAAGGAGGAUUGAAAUCUAAUUGGAGUCAAGUAGGUCCUUUUCAAGCAAAAACAGACACCAUUUUGGGACCUCCAUGGGAAAUAAAUGUAACCUCAGAGGCAAACACACUUACUCUAAGCUUUCGGUCUCCUCUUGAGCAUACAAAAUAUGACUCAGAUUUGGUAUACAUAAUACACCAAUGGGACGAAUCAUUGAGCGGAAAUAUAUCAAGUGAGACCAAAAAUACAGCAAAGAAAUUCAAAAAUCUAAAGGAAGCGACACAAUAUUGCUUUCAAGUACAAGCAAUGUUUGAAAAUAUUAAAGGAGAAAUAAGUGGCCCUCACUGUAACAAAACAACCACCACUGAAAGAACAAGAAACAUUUAUAUUGCAGCGAUAUUUGGAGUUCUAAUGUUUACCAUUUUGGCAACAUUUUUGUGUUUGUGUGUUAUUCGGAAAUAUAAAAGUACAAUUAAAUAUUUUUGGCAGCCUCGUCUAAGAAUACCCUCCCACUAUGAAGAGGACUUACAAAAUGCUCAAGUGGUUGCAGAGUACACAUUUUGGAACUGUGCAGAAGAACACUGGGACAUUGUAUCAGUUAUCUCUAAUACAAGUCAAAACCAAACUUUGAGAGACAGCUUUGCUAGUGGAAACCAAGUAGAUGUGUCAAAUUUGAAUGAACAUCGAUAGCAGUAUGUAAAGCAUCUUCAUCUCACAUUGGUCGUUGACUC